GAUUGCUUUGAUUCUUCUUGUAUAGUUUUCACCAUGAUGCAGAAAAAUCCGAUCCAGGGUCGCCAAAAGCUGGCGAUGAAAAAGAUAGCAAAGAAAAAUAAUCUUCAAGUAACGUUCUCCAAACGUCGUGCCGGACUUUUUAAAAAGGCUAGUGAACUUUGCACACUUUGUGGGGUUGAUGUUGCCAUCAUAGUCUUCUCCCCGGCAGGCAAGGUAUUCUCAUUCGGCCACCCUCAGGUUGAGUCCACUAUUGAUCGGUUUUUCAGUCGAAACCCUUGUCUUCAUAGCUCUAACACGCAUAAGCUUGUUGAAGCUCAUAGAAAUGCUAACAUCCAAGAGCUUAAUGCACAAUUAGCUCAACUCCUUGAUAUGUUGGAGGUUGAAAAAAGGAAGGGAGAAGCAUUUGAGGAGAUAAGGGAAGCCGGACGGAGGAAAUGCUGGUGGCAAGCCCCAAUUGAUGAACUUGGGUUGAAUGAGCUACAGCAGUUGAGAAUUGCACUUGAGGAGCUAAAGAGGAAUGUCACAAAACAAGGCAACCAGGUUUUGGUUGAUUCCAGCCAUUGCUGGCCAUUUUUGGCAGCAAAUGGUAUCGGAGGAGGUGUUUUUCCUUUUGGAAAUGAAGGAUAUGAAAUGGAUCCUGCUUCCAGUAUUACUCAAAUGUAUAAAUUUGGUCAUCAGGGCCUGUUUUGA